AAAAGCGCUGCCAAUAUUUUUUUGACGUAAACGAGUCGAAUUUGCGGGGUUGACAAAUUAAUUUUUGAAAAUCUCCUUGCCAUUUUAGGUUAAAAAUCACGUUUAUUUACAUUAAGUGUUUAAAUGGUUUGUUUAAAAAAAAAAAAAAAAUGGCUUGUACCACACCAGAGCACCACAAGACACAAGAGUGAUUCUGGGCGCGAAAAUUUAAGACCAGGCGACCGUUAAUCUGGUUGCUUUCGGAGCAGCCAUGCAGAUGUUGUGUACCAGCACUGAAGAGGUGACACCAGGUUCAAGCUCUGAACCCAGGCCCUGCAGCAGCACUGUAACCCCGCAUAACUUGUUCAGCUACAGUCAGGUAAACCGUAGACAGCAGUAUCCUCAGUCAUCUUCUGGCCUACUGACUUCACAUGGAUCCGAUGAUGUCAGGAACAGUCGGUGUGCAGGAUCAAGCAAUGCCACUGAUACUAUGUUCACAGAAACAACACAGACUGGAGCUUGGUGGCAUGUCUCUGGAAGAGCAGACAGGAUCGGCUCUUCUGUGGGUUCAUCUGUCCACUCCUGGAGCUCCAACACGCCACAUCUGAAGACCACACCUGCACUCUCACACCAUGGCCAAACCCCUCAGAGAGACCUCAACAUGACAACGUCUUCAUCUGCGUCUGCGUGUCAUGCGUCCUCUGUGAUAGUGGCUGUGGUGGAGGGACGUGGUUUAGCUCGGGGGGAGAUUGGCAUGGCCAGUAUCAACGUGAAAUGUCCAGAGCUGGUGCUCUCACAGUUUGCAGACACUGGAACUUAUGCUAAGGUAAUUACCAAGCUGCAUAACUUGAUGCCUCUGGAGAUUCUGAUGCCAGACACUGCUAGUGUGAAAGGGCAAGGAACCAAACUCUACAACCUCAUCACAGAGAGAUUCCCGUCAGUCACAUUUACUGCUGUUCUGAGGAGGUACUUCAACGAGAAAAAGGGUCUGGAGUACAUACAGCAGCUUUGUGUCCCUGAGUUCAGCACUGUACUGAUGGAGGUGCAAACCAAAUACUACUGCCUGGCAUCUGCAUCUGCCCUACUAAAAUACUUGGAGUUUGUUCAGAACUCAAUAUAUGCCCCUAAGUCACUGAAAGUGGUCUUCACUGGUAGUGAGCAGACAGCCAUGAUUGACACGAUAUCAGCCAGCAACUUGGAGCUAGUCGUGAACCAGAGAGAUCACAGAAGUGAGCACACUCUGUUUGGGGUCUUAAACUACACUAAGACUGCCGGUGGGGAGCGGCGGUUACGCUCCAAUAUUCUUGAACCCCUGCUGGAUGUGGUCACUAUCAAUUCACGUUUGGACACCAUACAGGAGCUGUUGCAGAAUGAGGAGCUCUUCUUUGGUCUGAAGACUGCCAUUUCACACUUUCUGGAUAUAGAUGAGCUGCUGUCUGCUCUUGUUCAGGUCCCAAAGCAAGAGACGGUACCGGUGGCUGAAGCAAAAAUAACGCAAGUAAUUCAGCUAAAGCACAUUCUAGAACUGGUCCCAUCACUGAAGACGGUGCUGCAGCCUUCCAAAACAACCUUGUUGAAAGCAUAUUGUACCUCACUUGAAGACAGUAGGUUCAACAUCAUUCUGGAUCAGAUCAAAUCAGUGAUUACUGAUGACACCAGCUAUAUGAAAGGCAGUUUGACUAUGCGCACACAGAAGUGCUAUGCUGUGCGGCCCGAUGUCAGCGAAUUCUUAGAUAUUGCACGACGAGCCUACACAGAGGUGAUAGACGACAUAACAGGACUGGUGGCUCAGCUUGGAGAGAAGCACAGCCUACCUCUCCGGACAAGUUUCAGCAAAGCACGUGGCUUCUUUAUUCAAAUGAAGCUGGAGGGCGGGAUCUUACCUGGGGGGAAGUUACCAGAGGAGUUCAUCAAAGUGACUAGACAGAAGAGCAACUACGGGUUCACCACUGUAGACCUCAUGAAAAUGAACGACCACUGUGAGGAGGCUUUGAAAGACAUUUUUCAUAUGUCUUAUGUGGUGGUGUCCAGGUUGCUGAGUGAGGUCUACGAACACAUCCACUGCCUGUACAAACUGUCUGAUUCUGUGUCAAUGCUGGAUAUGCUGCUCUCUUUGGCUCACGCCUGCACUGUCUCAGAUUACGUGCGUCCUGAGUUCACUGACACAUUGGCAAUAAAGCAGAGUCGCCACCCCAUCCUGGAGCGAAUUUCUGGGACACAACCCAUCUCCAACAACAUCUACGUCUCUGAGGGAAGCAAUUUUGUAAUCAUAACAGGCCCCAACAUGAGUGGCAAGUCCACCUACCUUAAACAGGUGGCCCUUCUCCAGAUAAUGGCUCAGAUAGGAUCCUUUUUGCCUGCGGAGUACGCCUCUGUUCGUAUUGCGGAUCAGAUAUUCACCAGAAUAGGAGUGGAUGAUGACUUUGAGACCAACUCUUCCACAUUUAUGGUUGAGAUGAAAGAGGUGUCUUACAUCAUCCACAAUGUAAGCGACAAUUCACUCAUCAUUAUUGAUGAGCUGGGCCGAGGCACCAGUCCAGAGGAAGGCAUUGGUGUCUGCCACAGCAUCUGUGAAUUCCUCGUCAAUUAUAAGGCCUUCACACUCUUUGCCACACACUUUCUUGAACUGUGCCAGUUGCAAACUCUUUACCCCAACGUGGAGAACCAUCACAUGCAGGUUCAGCACGUCCGCGCAGAAGAUGGCAGAGCAGAAAGGGUGGUCUACACAUACCAGCUCAGCCAAGGACAUUCAGAGGAGCGCAACUAUGGUAUAAGAGCAGCAGAGAUGACCAAUUUACCAGAAGAAGUUAUUGAGGAGGCCAAAACUAUCGCAGCUAAAAUCAGCCAAAAGCUGUGGGCCAAGCAUUAUAGUGAUCCUGCCACUAUCAAUCAGAGGGCAAACUAUCGUCUAGCCACCAGACUGCUGCAGACAGCCCGUAACUCACGGCUGGACUCAGAGGGCCUACGUCACCAUCUGAAGGGCUUGAAAAGACAGUAUGAGGCUGAACUUCAAAAUGCUACAGAGUCAGUGGAGAACCUAGAGAUAGAGGAGUGAGGUCUGCGCUGAGGAAUGGGAUGGUGGAGUUGGAAUAUUUGAGAAAAUAGUUUGAGGAAAACAGAUAAAAUACACUUCUUGUUCCUGGUGUAAAUGCAUUUUUUUUUUAAUCCUGAGUUGUUUAUAAUUUUUUUUUUUUUUUUUUUUUUUUCACAGUACAAGUUUAGAUUCAGAUUGUUUAUUUUUUGUUUGUGACUAAUCAAAUAUUUUAUUUUACAUGUUAAUUCAUGUAAUCCACUUUGAGCUGAAAUAAACCGUUAACCAAA